AUGAAAGUGGUUGAGCGCCAAUUUUCAAUUCGGCAAAUAUCAUCAACAAUUAUUCUCAUAAUGCAAACAUCCGAAUUUCAAAUGAAAGCUUAUAUAAAUGACGGUUUGAAUCAGCAACAUGGCUUAGAUAGUCCAGAAGGAUCAGCUGCAUUGCUACAAGCAAACAAACCUGAAGUUGACGACACCGAUAUUCAAAAGGCACGAAUUCUUGAUAAAGCUGACAUGCAACAAACCACCACACAAUCGUUUAAAGUUGAAAAUCAAAAGAAAAAUACUUCUCGCUAA